AUGCAUAUCCAAGAAUCACCAUCAUUUCGAGGACCCGAACAUGGCUCGUGGUUAUAUGAAAUUGGGGCAUUUGAGGAACUAUUGGAGAGCAUGAGAUUAUGGUGGUGGAAUUUGGUGAGAGUCUUCCAAUUGGCGUUGGAUUUUGAAUGUUGCUUCUCAGGGAACGCCAAAUGGAGGACUGAAAGGCUUCUACACGUAGGUACUUUGAUCUAUCUUUCUUGGACAUACUUUUAG